AUGUUAGUUGAAGCUGUUAAUGAACUUUCUUCCAAUAUCAUUAUAACCUGGCACAAACUAUUAAUAUUUGGUCAAACUAGUAGAGGGACAUUUAAAGAGCAAAUAGAUCUAAGUAGAAUAUCAAUCACUUUCUGGGAUACACCGGAAGAGCAAGUAGGAAAAGAAGGUACUGAUUUCAUGAUCAUGUGCGCAGUAAGGGCUGAUCCCUCACCCAUUGUUUCGUGGUACGUUAAUGGCAGUCUGAUUAUUGAUGGUCCUCGACGCACUAUUACUGAAGAUGGACUGUUUGUUAGAAAUCUAAAGACAUCAGAUGCCGGAAACUACACAUGUAGAGCAUUUGUAGUCACUCCACACAAAUCGCAGAUUCAAGACAAGCACAUAGAGGUCCACGUCCAUUAUAAGCCGGUAUGGAAGGACAAAGAUGUCGACACAUUUUACGGUGUAUUAGGCUCAGAAGGAAAUUUAAGUUGUGAAGCUGAAUCUGAACCUGUACCAACUUUUGAAUGGUUUAAAGGUCGAGCUCUUUUGGGUAAUAGUAAAAUAUACAGAAUUUCAAAUGGAAAGUUCAAGAGUAUUCUUCAGGUUAAAAUCAAAAGCCAUUCUAACUUAGGAACGUAUUUGUGUCUUGUGAGUAAUCCUGUAGGAGAAAUACAGAAAGAAAUGUAUUUGCUAGAAGGAGUUUCCCCUAACCCACCAAAUUUCUUGUUGUCGAGCCCUGAACCAGGAACAUUAGCUGUGCAAAUACAUCAAUCACCUUUGGAUUCCUUACCUAUAACAGGUUAUAAGAUACAAUGGAAACUUGCAACUGAUUCAUGGAGAUAUGCAAAGGAAUAUUCAACGAGUUCAGGCACAGAUUUCAUGCUUCAGGAUUUGAAUUUUGAUAUGGAUUACGCUGUCCGAGUGAGUGCUAAGAAUAAUAUAGGAUUCAGUGAAUUCACCGAUCCUAAGUUGCAGAGGACUAAAGGUCUGAUAGCCGAAACAGUAGUCGACGGCGGCAACGUUUUGUCUUCCACAUUCAGCGAUUCAGCCAUGUCAUCAUCCUUAAAUCAUCCAUUGUACUCUCUAGUCCUCGCCAUCAGCAUCAUAUUCUUCCACAGCAGAUACACUGUAUCUUGAUUUAUUUUUCUGGGACUGGAAGCGAGCUUGCAACCGUUUUAUUGUGAUCAAAUGAGUGAAUAAAUAUUAAAUCGUUAUUUUGUUGGCAAAUUAUGGUGACAAACAGGCCCUGCUACCGCAGUUGAGAGAGCUGCACUGAAUGUAUUCCCCGUGUAUCCAGCACACAUGUUCCUUGAGUGGUUUUGUGCAAAUCUAAAUAUAAAUGUGUUGUGAAUUGAUACAUUGCUGUAAAAAAAACAUUUUAUGCUGUUUUGCAGGCAUAGGAUGUAUAAGAAAUAACGAAGUUUGUGUUGACAAGAAUCGAUGUAUGAUACAUUUAUCAUUUCUCGUGUAUUAAAGAAGUCAACGUGGGAAAUAUUUAUGCUUUUAAAGGCAUCUGUAUUAUAUCGCAUAAAAUUACAUUCAGAUAACCGGAAUACUAAAACAUCCGGAAUGUGACUAAAAACCAUGCACAGAAAAUCCACGUAUUUUCGUCGAUGUUAUUUUUGUUCAAAAUAUUUUAAACACUGGAUAGAUUGCAUCAUGUUGCAAUAGCUUUUAUAAGUUAACUGAAUGAUGUGUGGUUGACAGAGAUAACAGUGAUUUGACAACAAAGAGCUCUUUAAAGGAAAUCUGAAGGAGAUGUGAUAAGUCGUGUUUCAAAACCAGAUAAAUUAAUUCAGUUAUUUAUUUAUUCUUUCUUUCAGAUUCAGGAAUUGCUUCACGUUUACAUGCAAUUUUCAGCCUUUUCUUAAUACCAGACUAAUGAAAAAGAAAUAAUUAGAAUUAAGAAAUUUCAAAGAACAUAAAUCCUUGUGGAAUUUAAACCUUAAGAUUAAAACUACUCAGAUGCAAACUUGUAUUCCAGUUAUGCAUUCCCAAAUUCAGGUACUCAGCAUUAUCUAUUUCGAAUUCAGAUACAUCCCUUUGUUUGAAUGCAAAAACAAUAAUUUAAAAAUGAUUUUACUUCCUUUCAAAAUUAAGCUUUAUUGAUUGAAACUAGGAUCGAUUUCUCAAAAAUGAUGAUCCAAAUAAAUUAUUUGCUGAAGAGUUGAAAACAAUUUAUCUGUUUUUAAAUUUAACCUCUCACACAUUAACUUUUUAAUUGGUCACCAAAAUAUUAAGA